AGAUUGUAACCAGGUGGGGUUUGGCCUCUUCUCCCACGUUAUUUUUGAGAGGACAAGAAGACACAGCCUUAAGCUGCGCCAGGGGAGGUUCAGGUUGGACAUUCAUAGGAAUUUCUACACAGAAAGGGUGGCUGGACGCUGGAAUGGGCUGCCCUGGGAGGUGGUGGAGUCACCGCCCCCGGAAGUGUUUAAGGACUGGACAGGGCCCCCAGUGCCAUGGUCUGGGUGACAAGGGGGUGUCGGGUCAUGGACUGGUUUCGCUGAUCUCAGAGGUCUUUCCCAACCGAGCUGAGGCUGUGAUUCUCUGCGGAGCUCGGAGCACGCAGAGCGGCCGUGCGACCCCGUGCUGCCUCCGCCCGCCCGCCGAGUGUCCGCCGGCGGCCGCCGUGGCGGGCGGGACCGGCACGGCCCUGCCGGAAGCAGACGUGUGUUUCGGGAGGAACGGGAAGCGAUGGCGGCGGCCGAGGCCGAGUGGGAGCCGGCGGGGCUGCUGCCCGCCCCGGGGGGCGGCCUGGAUUGGGAGGCUGUGCUGGGCGAGGAGCUGAGCGAGCUGCUGGGCGCCGCGGCCCCGAAGGACGAGCCCGACGAAAAUGAUCUUUAUAACUUUCAUUUUGAUUUGGAUUUGAUGUCUUGGGACUCGGACCUUUGGAAUAUUACAGGCCAUGCUUAUGCAGAUGCAAACGUGAAGACAGAACCUUUAUCACCAGCCACUUCCAGCUGUUCGGUCCCUUCACCACCGGCUGUGGACUCUCCAGUGCAGAAUGUGCCUGAUGAUGUGGACUUCAGCUGUAGCUCCCAGAUGUCUCCCAUCUCUCUCUACAGCAAGAGCUGCGGAAGCCCUGCAUCCCCUGAAGGAGAUGGAGGGAAGAAGCCUGCUGUGAGCAUCUCUUCUCGAUCUGCAAAUAAUUCUGCAAGGAGCCUGAAGAAGUGUGGUCAGACAGUGUCCAGGCCUUUGAUACAACCCAAACCCCUUUUGCCUGCUGUGCCUGAAGCUCAGGCUAACAUUGGCAUCCCAGCUAAAACCAUCAUUAUUCAGACUCUUCCCACACUUGUGCCACUGCCAAAGAAUCAGCCUGUUGUUAACAUCCAGCCAGCACCUCCUAAAGGUCCAUCUGUGGUGCUACCCCAGCCUGCUGUGGUACAGCUCCAGGCUUCUGGGGUGCUUCCUGCCUCCCAGCCAGUCAUUGCAGUCACUGGAGGGGCCCCAGCACUUCAGAACCACACGGUGAAGGCUCUAUCUCCAGCUGCUGGGAACGGCUCCAGCAGCGGCAAAAUCCCGGUGACAAAGCCCUUGCUCCCAAGCAGCUCCCCGGCCAUGGGGCUGGAUGUCAAUGUCUUGAGGCGGCAGCAGCGCAUGAUUAAAAACCGUGAGUCAGCCUUUCAGUCACGCAAGAAAAAGAAGGAAUACAUGUUGGGACUGGAGGCCAGGCUGGAGGCAGCCCUGCUGGAGAAUGAGAAACUCAAGAAAGAAAACAGCACGCUGAAGAGGCAGCUGGAUGAAGUGGUACUAGAGAACCAGAAGCUCAAAGUGUCAUCUCCGAAGAGAAGGACACUCUGUGUGAUGGUGAUACUGGCCUUUAUAAUGUUGAAUUAUGGUCCAUUGAGUGUAUUUGAAAAGGAUCCCAAUGGAGUGGAUUCUACUGUGAGUUCUAACCACCGGACCAGAAAUCUUCUGGAGUUCUCAGCUCACCAGGAGUCCAGCACAGCUCAGAAGAUACCUGAGGGCAUCGUUUCUGAGAAGAGUAACAGGUAUGACCGUUCUGUAUCUGAUAAUAAAGCACUAAUGAUAGUCUCAGAAGAACCACUGUUAUAUAUCUCACCACCACCACCCCCCUGCCGGCCUCUGAUCAACAGGACAGAGUCGCUGAGGCUGACCCAUGAGCUGCGAGGAUGGGUUCACAGGCACGAGGUGGAACGCACGCGGUCCCGGCGGCUGAGCAACAGCCAGCAGCAGCGAGCACGAGUCCCACAGAGCUCCCUCAGUGACAAAGCAGAUUCCCAGCUAAUGGCCAUGCCUUACACAGACACCAGUCUCAGGAACUCAGGGAAUGAGCUGCAAGUGUAUUAUGCCUCUCCAAGGAGCUAUCAAGACUUCUUUGAAGCAAUUCACCGAAGGGAAGAUACCUUCUAUGUGGUGUCAUUCCGCAGAGACCACCUGCUACUGCCAGCCACCACACAUAACAAGACCAGGAGACCAAAGAUGUCUAUAGUGCUGCCAGCUGUAAACAUCAAUGAGAAUGUGAUCAAUGGGCAGGACUACGAGGUGAUGAUGCAGAUUGACUGCGAAGUGAUGGACACCAGGAUCCUCCACAUCAAAAGUUCAUCUGUCCCUCCCUACCUCCGAGAGCAGCGCAGAAAUCACACUGACACCUUCUACAGCUCCUCCCCCUCCGUCCCAGAGACGCCCCAUGCCCUGAGGGCCAUUGUCAAAUCCCUGCAGUAGCUCUUGUGACAGCGCACAGGGGAGCACCGGCAUGCAGCAGGUCCUGCCACCAGCCUGAGCCCCUUCCCUGGCAGGUCCUGGGGCUCCUGGCAUGUGGGCACAGCAGGGACAGCCCCCUUUAGCCCAUUCCUGUGCCUGACCUCACCCAAUGGCCGCAUCCUGCCCAGGGAUAAUGCAGCUCAGCUGGCUCCUUGCCAGGGACAGUCCUGGGGGCCCCACACGACGUGGGGGACAUGGGCCAUCCCUGUUACUUAUGCGCUGUCCAGAAUUGUGGGUUGGUUUUCAUUUCUGUCCCUGUUAGGCUGCCAGAGGUCGGCUGAUGAGCCAGAGACAAGAGAGCAGACAUCCACACUUGGGAUGAGGCCGCUCUCCCUGCAGGGUGCUUGGGCAGCAGGAGAAGUCCAGCUCCCAGCUUCAGGUGCUGGGCCUGACCAGACAGCCCCACUCCUCAUCGUUCCCUCCCAAAUCCUGCCUAUGCAGCCUCCCUCAGCAGGAAGCCCUGGGAUGCAGCAGUGUGGUGGAACAGCCCAGCCCAGCCCCUCAAGAGGGUGCUGGGGCCCCUCACUCACCACUGAAGCACUACAAGCAGAACAGCCCCACUGCCCUGGGGCUGGGCUGACCGAUGAGGCGCUGCCCACCCUGCACCUGCCUGGCUCUCCAGGAUCCUGGUGCUGCCUUCCCAGCCCACGUGGCUGCACGGCUGAAGGCUUGCCCCAAAGGAAGUGAUUUCAUGCAGCAGAUGCAUUUGUAAAGUUUGGGUUUUUGGAGUUUUGGGGGUUUUUUUUCCUGGUUUUUGUUUGCGUGGGAUUUUUGUGUGUGCUAUUUAAUACUUUUCACUGCUAACAACUGCCCUUGGAGCAGCACUAGC